GAGAAUUUCGUGUUAUUGUUUAGAUACUACCGAAAAUAUAUCAUGAUAUUGAGGACUCUGGUUCUUGUAGCGGUGCUGGGUAUUGUGGUUCACUCCAGAAGUAUCCAGAGAGACCAGAACUGGUGGAACCACGCCACGUUCUACCAAAUCUACCCAAGGUCUUUCAAGGAUUCUAACAACGAUGGUGAUGGUGAUCUUCCAGGUAUCAUCGAGAAGCUCCCUUAUCUUGUGGAAACUGGGGUGAAUGGAAUAUGGUUGUCUCCCAUCAUGGAAUCUCCACAAGUAGACCAAGGGUACGACAUCAGCAACUACUACGUUAUAGAUCCCAGGUUUGGUACCUUAGACGACCUCAAAUUGUUGAUAAUUAAGGCUCAUGAACUUGGACUGAAGGUCAUCCUGGAUUUCGUACCAAACCAUACCAGUGAUCAACAUGAAUGGUUCAAAGCUUCAGAAAAUAGGACAGAAGGUUACGAAGAUUACUACGUUUGGAGGGAUGGUACUUCUGACAAACCUCCAAACAAUUGGUUAAGCUUGUGGACUGGUAGUGCUUGGCAAUGGUCCGAAAAACGUCAACAGUACUAUCUUCAUCAAUUCUCCAAACAACAACCAGACCUCAACUACAGAAAUCCUAAGGUUCACAAAGAAAUGAAGGAUAUAUUGAAAUUUUAUAUGGACCUUGGUAUAGAUGGCUUCAGAAUUGAUGCUAUUCCAUACGCUUACGAAGAUGACCAAUUCAGAGAUGAACCUAGAUCCGCCUCUCCUGUAGAUCCAAAUGAUUAUAGUUACCUGGAACAUAACUAUACUUCAAACCUACCAGAAACAUAUGCUCUUGUAUAUGAAUGGAGGAAAUUUGUCGACGACUAUGCAGCUGAAAAUGAUUUGGACUCCAAAGUUUUGAUGACUGAAGCCAAUGCUGACCUUAACCAAACCAUGCUCUACUACGGAACCUCUGAUGGAAAAAAUUUAGGAGCACAUUUCACAUUCAAUUUCCUGAUGAUACAAAAUCUUAAUCUCAAUACUUCGAAUGCCUAUGAUAUAAUACAAAUGAUUUAUAGCUGGAUUGACGCCCUACCAGAUAUAUACUCAUCGAAUUGGGUUGUAUGUAUAUUAUACGUUGGAAUGAAGCAACGACAACACAAACAAUCUCUAAUAAUGUCUUCUCUGUUUCAGAUAGGGAAUCAUGAUAAUCGUCGAUACCCAACAAGAUAUGGUGCUGAAAACAAAGAUGGUUUCUUAAUGUUGGACCUUCUCCUACCUGGAGUCGCAGUAACAUACAAUGGGGAAGAGUUUGGCCAAGAAGAUGGAGAAGUGAAAUAUGAAGAAGGUCAAGACCCCACUGCUAGAGAUCCAGCAGUGUUCGAACAAAAGAGCAGAGACUUCGAACGCACUCCCUUACAAUGGGACAACACCACAAACGCCGGUUUCAACGAAGGUGCCAAGACUUGGUUGCCUGUCAGCAAGAAAUACCAAGAAUUGAACUUGAAGAGUCAGCUGGAUGAGACAAAAGAAAGUUACUUUCAAAACUACAAAGCCUUGAUCAGAAAGAGACAAGAAGAGACUGCUAGACUUGGAAGCACAAACAUAUGGGCAUUGUCUAAUGACGCUUUAGUUUUGAGGAGAUCUUAUGAAGGCAAGCAUAUUGCUGUCGCCUUCAAAUUGGGAUGGAAAGACAACAAUGAACAAGAAACUGUUCUAAUACCCGGAGUUUCUUGCCAGAAUGGUAACGUGGCUAUUGCUAGCGUAGGUUCUCAGUAUAAAAGAGGGGAUAACAUUUCUCUUCAGAGUUUGGUACUACAACCCCAUGAAGCAGUAGUCAUAGAUAUAGAAUGUUGACUGAAUCCAAUGUGAUGAAUUUAUUUAAUUUUAUAUGCUUACAGUUUAGUUGACUGUGGAAAUGAUAUCGAAAAUUUUAAGUUAUUUUAUUAUAUUUUAUGCAGUUAA